GUUUCUUCAGACCUUUUAUUUGAUCAAGCAUUUGAUAACAAACAUCCUCAUUCUGAAUUUAUAAAAUCGUUUUUUCCUGUACUCUCAAAAAGAAAUAUGUUUUCUUUAAACAAAAGAAACUGUGAGAUAACAUUCAUCUGAUUCUGACUAAUUUGUUGGCACAAAUGAAGAGUCACGCAAUUUUUUAAGAAGGUAGAAAUCAUCCCAGCCUUAUUAUAGCUAAUGUGAUAUCACGCUGUUGUCUGUCUGUGAUACAGAUUAUAAAAACAUAGGGUUUUAGCACAUUUUGCGCUGUUUAGCUUGCUUCUUGUACUGUUUAACUUGCUUCUUGUACUAAUUACCUUGCUAUUGAAAUAGAAAAAUACGCCCUUGCAGACUAUUGGGAAUACUAUUUUAGAGCAAUAUUCUCACCGUCAUGUUUCAAGAACUUGCACCGCUACAACAUCAUUAACAAAUGGAAUUUCAAUGUUAUUGUUCUUUGAGUUGCCUUGUGAAAAAUACAUAUUUUCCUGAAUGUUGGAGUUCAGAUUUCAAACAUAACAUUUUAACCCUUGCUGGGAAAGUUGAUCUAAAAACAUGUCAGUGUAAUUUCUUCUCUUCUAUAUUUUGAGGCCCCACAAUCAAUGAAUUGAUCAUUCUGGCUCCUAUGUUUCUGUUGAGUAUGUACUGGUAAUGACCCAUCAGAUGUGUGAUGCUGAGAUAAUAGAUUUCUAUGUAUGACAAUUUUUGCCUUAUAGUUUUUAUUAACAGCAUUUGUUUUACCAAAUUGUAAAUUGAACAUGGAUAAAAAAAAAAGUGUUUAAAUUGAAAUGAGACAUUUACUUAAUCCAUAAUUCAAAAGUUGAUUUUUGAAAUGGGGUGGCCAUGUACCAGGGCAGAAGUUGGGUGGCCAUGUACCGGGCAGAAGUUGGGUGGCCAUGUCCCAGGGUUGAAGUAGGGUGGCCAUGUACCAUGGUUGAAGUUGGGUGGCUAUGUACCAGGCCAGAUUUAGGGUGGCCAUGUACCAGGGCAGAAGUAGGGUGGCCAUGUACCGGGGCAGAAGUUGGGUGGCCAUGUACCAGGGUUGAAGUAGGGUGGCCAUGUACCAGGGCAGAAGUAGGGUGGCCAUGUACCAGGGCAGUUUGAAGUUGGGUGGCUAUGUACCAGGCCAGAAUUAGGGUGGCCAUGUACCAGGGCAGAAGUAGGGUGGCCAUGUACCGGGGCAGAAGUUGGGUGGCCAUGUCCCAGCGUUGAAGUAGGAUGGCCAUGUACCAGGGCAGAAGUAGGGUGGCCAUGUACCAGGCCAGAUUUAGGGUGGCCAUGUACCAGGGUUGAAGUAGGGUGACCAUGUAACAGGCCAUAUGUAGGGUGGCCUAUUUUCAGGGUAGAAGUAGGGUAGCCAUUUACAAGGUUUGAAAUAGGGUGGCCAUGUACCAGGGCAGAUGAAGAACCAAACGAUAUUUCAGCUUUGGACCUGGGACCCUUUAAAAGAGCUCUUCUCUUUCUCAAGCAACAUUUAAAUCCUGUGUUAAAAAACAACACUAUUAUCAGAUAAGGCUCUUUCCCACAUUUCUAACCUGUGAACUAUGUACAUUUCAAUGUCGACCUUCCACUCAACUCUCUGUUCUGUCAACAUGACGUCCAGUUGUUUUAGUGUAUGUAAUGUGUUUCUAGUCCCAGAAUCUUGUGCACAUAUUUGUCUAUGUCAUCACUAAAGUUAAAAUAACUUGACCAGUCUCAGUCAUGACUUUGGCAAGUAUCCAUAUUACUAAACUAUUUUUUGUUUGUUGAUAGACUCAUAAAAGGUAUGGCCUGCCUAAAAACUGUACAAAAAAACAACAAAAAAACAACACAUCUUAAUAUUGAAUUGUGAUGUAACAACAACAGUGAUUUUACGAGCACUUGUGAUGUAACGUCACUCUCACCUUGCUAUGAACAAUUUUUUAGUACACAUUCCUGCACUGCUCUCAACUACAAUGUCAACUUGAGAUUAUUUCUCCUCAAGCAUGAAUCUUCG